AUGUCGACUGGUAAUGGAACGGUUACCACCGCAUCUUCGGAGUUUUUGUCCAACAUCAUAGGGAAGCCGGUUGUCGUUAAAUUGCACUCUGGAAUGCUGUAUCAGGGAACCUUGGAAUCAAUCGAUGGGUUCAUGAAUGUCGCGCUCAAUCAGGCUACGGAACAUUACGAAUCCGAGAAAAACGGGCUGUUGUAUAGAUAUGACGGUGAUGUCUUUGUGAGAGGCACGCAGGUCCUGUAUAUCAGCGAAGCAUGA